AUGUAUUUACUGGUCUAUGUUGACGAUAUCAUAGUCAUCAGCUCCUCAGAUGCUGCUGCAGAUCGUCUAAUGGCUGCUUUGAGUGGUGAUUUUGCUGUCAAGGAUCUAGGUGCUCUGCGCUUCUUCCUUGGACUGGAGGUUUCACGCUCUUCUGCUGGGUUAACUCUUACUCAGAAGAAGUAUUCUCUGGACUUGUUGCGUCGUGCCGGCAUGCUGAAGUGUAAACCUGCCAGUACUCCGAUGUCUGCCACUGAUCGGUUGUCUACUCUUGAUGGAGACCCUCUUUCACCUAAUGAUGCUACUGAAUACCGCAGUCUUGUUGGAGUUCUGCAGUAUCUUACUAUCACUAGACCAGAUGUCUCUUACGCAGUCAACCGUGUCUGUCAGUUUCUCCAUGCACCGAGGACAUCUCAUUGGUCAGCUGUGAAGCGUAUCCUGCGUUAUAUCUGUCUCACUGCUUCUUAUGGUUUGCUCCUCCAACCUGCGUCGUCUUAUGAGAUCUCAGCCUUUUCAGAUGCAGACUGGGUUGGCUACGGUGUCUCGCAGCAGUACGGAAGCUGA